AUGGCCCCCAAACGUGCCGCUGAAUCAGAAGCUGAAGAGGGAAGCACUCCUCCCAAACGCGCGCGGAGAGUGGAGAAUGGUGCAAAGUCUAAACGCAAACAACCAGCAAAUGGACGACGCGAACCAUCUUCUGAAGAACCUUCUGACACAGAAAGCGACCGUUCCACACCGUCAAGACGCAAUGGCCACAACAAUGUUCGCGAAUCAGAAGUCGAACAUCUUGAUGCAGAGGCAGAAUUCGAGAGACUCAAUGCAGACAUGGUUGUCAACUCUAUCAAUAAGAGGAAGAGUGGCAGCGCCGCUGAGGCUGGAAUUAUUAGCUCUGUUGAGGUUCACAACUUUAUGUGCCACAAGUAUGUCACAUUCAAAUUUGGUCCGCAAGUCAACUUUAUCAUCGGCAAUAAUGGAAGCGGAAAGAGCGCAGCACUCUCAGCGAUCAUUGUAGCCCUAGGGGGCAAAGCUACGUCUACAGGCAGAGCAUCCGCUGGCCUCAAAUCGUUCAUCAAGUCUGGUGAAAACGCUGCAGAAGUGUCUGUCACGAUAAAAAAUGGCGGCAACGAACCAUAUCGUCCCGAUGCCUACGGCAAUGCCAUUACUGUUACUCGUGCAUUCACCCAGGCGGGGUCGUCAUCCUACAAACUUAAAAACACCCAAGGCAGGACCGUCUCGACAUCACGAACCGAGCUCUCUGCAAUUUUGGAUCAUUACCAAAUUGACGUGGACAACCCUAUGAACAUUCUUACACAAGACCUCGCCCGUCAGUUCCUCAGUUCGUCCAACCCUGGAGAAAAGUACAACCUCUUCCUGAAAGGAACUCUGCUCACCCAGCUCAGCGAGGAAUAUACCCUUAUCCUAGAUAAUUGCAGCAAAACAAUGGCCAUCCUCGAACAGAAGGGUAUCGCCGUUGCCGAGCUCAGAGCUCGGCUCGAAGAACUUCGAGAGCGUCACAGGCGAGCAAGGACGCUGGCUGAAUCCGAGAAUGCAAUUGCCGAGAUCAAGCGCGAAAUGGCAUGGGCGCACAUCGCCGAAAAGGAAGAAGAGGUAUCCCAAGCUAUCAUGGAUACUGCCACGGCCAAGGAACUAGGGGAUGACGCUACGAACAAAGUUGCCACCGGCGAGCGGGAACUUGCGGAGGCGGAAGCUGCUGUCAAUGCAGCAGAGGUUCAGAUGGCACAAGCUGCUAGUCCGCAAGAGCUCGUCGAACAAAAGGAGGACGUUGACCAACGGGUGAGAACUGAGAAGGAAGACCUGCGGUCGGCCAAGCGUGACGCGAGAGAAAUGGCGACUGCAAUUAGAGAUGCCAAAGAUAAGCUGGCUGAAUCCGAAGCAAAAAUUGCAGAAGCGCGCCAAAAGCUCGACCAGGAUGUGCGCAGAGAGGGAAUUCGUCGUCAAAUUGAGGAGGCCCAACGCGUUCAUAAUGAAGACAAAGAGCGACACAAUGCUGCCGUGGUGGAAAAGAAUCGGGCUACAGAAGCACUCGACGCUCACAAGAGCGAUCUCAGCACCACCGAACGUCAGUUCGAAGAUCUUAGGAGACGAAUCGCAGAUGCCGAACAGCAAGUAAAUCAUUGGAAGAAUAUAAUGUCUGACAAGGGUGGAGCGGCUGCGUAUGGCCAAGCGGUACCUGAGCUGAUGAAAGAGAUUGCGAAGGCGAGAUGGAGGGGUCGAUCACCACUUGGUCCCUUGGGUCUUCACGUCAAGCUCAAAGAUCAAAAAUGGGCAUACGCUCUCAGGGUUGGACUCGGAAACGUUCUCGGCAGCUUUGUCGUAACAGACUAUCAAGAUCAACGUACACUUCGCAAAAUGCUGGCGGACAGGGGCAUGCAUAGAACUGGUGUUAUCUAUAGUCAGCCAGAUAUGUUCGAUUAUCGUGCUGGUGAAGCACCCGAGCCUCUCCUUACCGUCCUCCGCGUUUUGGAAAUUCAAGACGAGUGGGUUGUCCGUAUUCUCAUCAACAGCAAUCAGGUAGAGAAAACGGUGCUUGCCAAUACUCGCUUGGAGGCAGAGGAUAUUCUCCGAAGUCAUCCGAGGUACAAUGUGUGGACUGCCAAUGGAUUGCGCGUUCAACGCUUCCAGGAUGGAGGAGGAAGCACGACGUCUCUGGGGCAAAUUCGAUCGGCCCAAGACUUCCGUGCCUUCUUGUUCGCCGACAAUCGAAAGGAAGCAGAAUACGAGUGGGAAGCCACAGCUGAGUUUGAGAAACUCAGACCCGAAUAUCAGCGGCUCGAGGGACUUAAGGUUACGGCAGAGAGAGAGGUUAAUAACGCCAAGGAACAGUUGAAUCAAGCUUUGCGUCGGGAACGUCAAGCUGAGACGACCGCCCGACGAAGUCAUCAGGCUUUAUUGGCCGCAAAGGCAGAAGACGUACAAGAGAUUCCCCUUGAUCUACAGGCGGAAGAAGAGAUCGCUGAGGGAUAUAGAUCCGAGGUCCGAGAUACCGAGAGACAAUUGGCGGAAGUGGUACAACGAAUAGAGAAGAUUGACGCAAAUCUUCGCCCACUAGUCCAUCAAACCAAUGAACUACGCAGAGCACUUGAGGAUCACGCAGGCAAGCGGCGAGAAAUCAAACUACAAGUGGAAGCUGCGGUUGGAGCACAUACACGUGCUCGCCAUCAACUCGAUUAUUAUCUGGCAAGAAAGGCAGAGCAGGACCUCAAGAUUGCCAAAGCAAAGGAGAAGCAAAACACUCUUGAGAAGGAGUAUACAAAAUGGCGCACGGAUGUCCUUGCCAGGUUUGAUGAGCACCCUCAUCCUCGUAAACGAGAGGUGCUGGAAAAGUUACUCAAGGCCAAGGAGCAGGCGUACGCACGAAGCAUUCAAGAGCAAGGCAAGACCUUUGAGGAAAUCGAGGCCGAUCUAGAGCAGGCGAAUGAAAUUUACCAAAAGGCGAAGCAGGAAUUCGAUGAGCUGAAUGGCUUGGUUAGGCUACUACGCAAGUCAUUACAAACUCGUAUGACCAAGUGGCAGUCUUUCCGCCGUUUCAUUUCGCUGCGAUGCAAACUUUCUUUCCAGUUUUAUCUUUCGCAACGCGGGUUUUAUGGCCAGAUGAAAUUAGACCACAAGGAAAAGACUUUGGCGCUCGCAGUUCAGACAGACGAUCAGACGAACAAGAACGGCAAAGCCAAGGAAAAAGAUGCAAAGUCGGUUCGAGGAGAAAAAUCGUUCUCGACCAUUUGCCUGUUGCUCUCCCUUUGGGAUGCGAUGAAUUGUCCCGUCAGAGCGCUCGACGAAUUUGACGUUUAUAUGGACGCUGUCAAUAGGCGUAUCUCGAUGAAGAUGAUGCUUGAUGUUGCAAAAAAUUCCGACAAACAGCAUAUUCUCAUAACACCCCAGGAAAUGGGCAGCAUCCAAUUCGGUCCCGAAGUACGCAUUCACAGAAUGCGCGAUCCUGAACGUGGUCAGCAGACCUUGGCUUUCUAG